GAAGCUUUCUUUUGCUUUUGUUUCAUAUGCUUCAAAGUUCUUUAGAGCGAGCUAGAGAGAGAGCACACAAAAAAAAAACUAGAGACUUUGGUCCCGGAUCUUGGAUAUGUCUAGUGGGUGGGUCAAAUCGUGGCAGUGUAAGUCGAAAGCUUUCGAUGAUGUUUACAAUCCGAAUCCGAUACAUCUAAUGUCAAGCUACAGUUGCAGAAGAAGCACACAGAACCUAAAAGACGUGAUCAACACUAAAAAAACCAAACCCAAACCCAAACCCAAACCCAAACCCAAAAAACAAGAAUCCGACCCGGUUUCAAGCCCUUCGACACGGAUUCGAUCAUCUGUAGUUCGUGACCCGCUUUUGCCGACACUAACAGAGCUUGCGGAGGGGCAUCAGUCUCGUAACGUGGUGGAGAUUAUUUUCCAGACAAGCUGGGGCCCGAAACCGUUUCCGGGUCGGAUCGAUAUGAUCUUCAAAGUGCAAAACGGGUCAAAGACUAUGACCCGGUUCGAGGAGUAUCGUGAAGCCGUGAAGACUAAAAGCGUCGGGAAAUCGCGUGAGGACAACGCGCGUUCGGUCGCCGACGGGAACGAGACGAUGAGGUUUUACUGUUUGGGUCCGAGUUACGGCGGUGGCGCGUGGGGAAUUCUCGGAGGAAAAGGCGGCGGCGCGUCGAUAUAUACAUUCGCCGGGAGUUGCAUGGCGCAUGAAAAGGCGGGUGGAGGUAAAGGGAGGAAGGCGAUGCUUGUUUGCCGGGUUAUAGCGGGACGAGUCAUGAAGCGAAACGAGUUAAGGUACGACUCGGUUGACUCGGACGUUCGAUCUCGGUUUGACUCACUGAGUGGUGGCGACGGCGAGUUGCUCGUGUUCGAUACACGUGCAGUACUGCCUUGUUUUCUCAUUGUCUACCGCCUGUAAAAAUACGCAGUUUUAUUUUAUUUUCUAACUUUUGACAAUUGUAAUUUCAUUUAUCAACGCGAUUUUCUCCUAAUGUUUAGGGAAUUUGUUUU